AUGAUCUCGUCGCGGGCUGCCACACCUAAACCCCUCGGUGUCCUUUGUCACCACAUACACCCUUCAAUCACUUCCGCCUCCCGGGUCAAUGGAUCCGCUCCUACACCAAAACAACAGCAAUGCCGAGGCUUAGCUACUGUCCAAGAUGGACCGGCACAACCACCUAAGAGGACACACUUCGGUGGACUGAAGGACCAGGAUAGGAUAUUUCAGAAUCUUUACGGGCAUCAUGGCGCGGACCUGAAGAGUGCGAUGAAGUACGGCGACUGGUAUAAGACAAAGGAGAUAAUACUGAAAGGUCAUGAUUGGAUUAUCUCUGAGAUCAAAGCCUCGGGCCUCCGAGGUCGAGGUGGCGCUGGAUUUCCGUCUGGGAUGAAGUGGUCUUUCAUGAACUUCAAGGAUUGGGACAAGGACACCAAGCCCCGCUAUCUAGUCGUCAACGCUGAUGAGGGUGAACCGGGAACCUGCAAAGACCGAGAGAUCAUGCGGAAAGACCCACACAAGCUCAUUGAAGGAUGUCUAGUCGCCGGCCGAGCAAUGAAUACCAGCGCAGCCUACAUCUAUAUCCGAGGAGAAUUCUAUCACGAGGCAACAGUACUUCAGCGGGCAAUCCAAGAAGCUUAUAAAGCGGGCUUCAUUGGAAAGAAUGCAUGUGGCAGUGGAUAUGAUUUCGACGUGUACAUCCAUCGAGGGAUGGGUGCCUACGUCUGUGGCGAGGAGACCUCUCUGAUAGAGUCACUGGAAGGCAAGCCUGGCAAGCCCCGCCUAAAGCCUCCGUUCCCAGCCGCUGUCGGUCUUUUUGGAUGCCCUUCCACGGUCGCCAACGUCGAAACUAUUGCUGUCGCUCCUACAAUCGUACGCCGUGGCGCCAAUUGGUUCAACUCUUUCGGACGCGAGCGUAAUGCUGGUACAAAGCUCUUCUGCAUUUCUGGUCACGUUAACAACCCCUGCACCGUCGAGGAAGAAAUGUCAAUCUCACUUAAGGAGCUCAUCGAUAAGCACGCCGGCGGCGUUCGAGGCGGCUGGGACAAUCUGAAGGCUAUCAUACCUGGCGGCUCUUCCACGCCCAUUCUCCCCAAGACAACCUGCGAUGAACAAUUGAUGGACUUUGAUGCCCUCAAGGAUAGCCAGUCAGGGUUGGGCACGGCGGCAGUCAUCGUAAUGGACAAGAGCACGGACGUUGUAAGAGCUAUAUCGAGAUUGGCAUCGUUCUACAAACACGAGAGUUGCGGACAAUGCACGCCUUGCAGAGAGGGCAGCAAAUGGACGGAGCAAAUCAUGAAGAGAUUCGAGGCUGGGCAAGCAAGAGCAAGAGAGAUUGAUAUGUUGCAGGAGUUGACGAAACAGGUUGAGGGGCACACCAUUUGCGCUUUGGGCGAAGCCUUCGCGUGGCCACUACAAGGUCUAGUACGUCACUUCAGACCUGAGCUUGAGCAAAGAGUCAAGGGUUAUGCCGAGAAGCAUGGCGGUGAAGCAAGAGCAGGUGGAUGGGCUCACGACGCCCAGAAACAAGGCAUGCUCAUUGCUCCAGGCCAGUAA